AUGGACAGAAAGGAUAUCCUCUACCUGGCGGUCAUCCUCGGCCUGUCUGCGGGUCUGGGAAAUGGACAGAUGCUCGCAUGCCAGAUGACCUCAGGCUUUGCAAUUGACAGCCUAGUGUGCUUUCAUUUACAGCCAAUGAUGCAAUAUUUAUAUUUCCCCUUCAAUUCUUUUCUUCAUACAGGAAACAUGAUCUCUCCUGUAAGUUACCAUGUCUGCAAACGGGAAGUGACUGUAAAUGUCUCCAAGGUGGUCCUUUUCCAGAAGCAACAUGAGGAGAAAUCCUUGUGUAUGGGAUGGAUUCCAUUGAAGUUGUGUUCCAGGACUUAUUAUGUGACGGAGUACCGGACCAUACUGGUUCCUGACACCAUGGUCAUUAAAGAGUGCUGCGAAGGCUACGAGCCUGUGGGCCAUUACUGUGCCAUGUCUGCGAACAGUCCAAAGUUAACCGCCACCAGGCCCGGCGCCUGUCCUGCCAAAAUAGAUGACUGGGUCCUGUGCCCCGAGUGCACAGAGGAUUAUGGCUGUCCUGGAUUCCAAAAAUGUUGUGACACUUCCGCUGGAUCUUUUUGUGUGUCUCCCGAACUUCCAGCUUUGGAUCGGAACACAAUCAAAUUUUGGUACAACGGAACAAUCACUAUAAAAAUGAAAUUUUUGGAACUGCUACAGCUGGACCCGGGUUAUGCCAAUCACACGAGACUACUGCAUGCAAUGGUCACUGGAGCAUUGUGGCCGCUAGAGGCAGUGGUGCACCAUAUCUCCACGCAGCCUGCUGGCCCUUUCACCAUCGUAUCUCGCAUCCUUAUUGGUAUAAACGAGUCGGUACCCCUUCAGGUCAUUUCAACGUCACUCAGCAAUAUUGCGAUUCGCCUGCCAGAAGUGAUCAACAUCCAGAUAGACGAUCUGGAUGAAUGUCUCCACCGCGAGCUUGGUGCGUGCCCACCACUCCACCAUUGUGUCAAUACAGAGGGUUCCUACAUCUGCAGCAAGCCAAACUGCACCCAUCUGCCUCCACUGGGACAAGGCUGCUCCACAUUUCUCAAUCACAGCAUCAGUAACGUUACUACUAGCGGAUUUCACAUUCGUUGGAGUACUGACUGCCCCGACAGCCACCUUUAUAACAUACAGAUAUCCUCAGAGAAAAUUCACCGGAGUGUCAACGUAUCCGAGACAUCCCGGAACAUAAGUGGGCUGAAUGCUGGGGAACUCUACACCGUCCUGGUGACAUUCCGCAACUGUUCUGGAGAGACGCAGUUAUGGAAGGAGAGAGUGAAAACAGAGGGGCAAAUAAUGAACGGAUCUCUGAAGAUCGAUAACUGGAACCUCACGGGAGACAUGCAGAAUCCGAAUUCUACCCAAUAUGGAGACUUUGUAGAGAAAUUCAUCGAUGAGGUGAAGCUGUCUCUGUCUGGUCACGUCCCCCCGGAUCAGGUAUCUGUACACAUCGUGUCCUUGUCACCCGGCAGUAUUGUGGUGAAUUUCCUCAUCAUCAUCAAUGACAUGAAGAAUCACACCGACGUCACAGUGUCCUCCUUGUCCGCCAUCAGCCACAACUCCACCUUCCAGGUCGAUCCGCAGUCUAUAAAAAUCGCAGAUUUCAAUGAAUGUCUGUCGCCUUCGGAUAAUGAUUGUGACAUCCACGCAGACUGCAAAAAUCUAGACACCUCAUUCACCUGUGAAUGUCACCCGACGUACAUUGACCGAGAUCCCCGCAGACCAGGAAGGAAGUGUGAAGGUAUGGCAGUAGGUGGUCCAUCGAUGACUUCCAUGGCAAGCACGCAUUCUACAAACCCUAAAGACACUUCCCCUCCAACCACCUCCUCAGCUGCGGAACAUAUCAUACAGGUCACUGGGCAAUCUACACAAUCUGCCACUGCUCCAACAGACCACCUAAACUCCACUGCAUCUACACCUGAGAUUUUGAAGACCGGACAGUUUGUAUCAAGCACACCUACAACAGUCACUAUAGUGCCAUCUCCCCCUGGAGCAAGCAAAACAACGCCUCAGGAUGCGACAACGCCGAAGGAUCCAAAGUUCACAACAAUACAUCCAUCCACCAGCAAUAAUGGAAGAACCACCCUGGCAUUGGCUGAGCACUCACCGACUGACCCAACAACGACGUCAACCACCAGCAAUAAUGGAAGAACCACCCUGGCAUUGGCUGAGCACGUAACGACUGACCCAACAAUUACGUCAUCCACCAGCAAUAAUGGAUCAACCACCCUGGCAUUGGCUGAGCACUCAAUGACUGACCCAACAACGACGUCAACCACCAGCAAUAAUGGAAGAACCACCCUGGUAUUGGCUGAGCACUUAACGACUGACCCAACAACGACCUCAACCACCAGCAAUAAUGGAAGAACCACCCUGGCAUUGGCUAAGCACCCAAUGACCUCCACAAUUCCAAAACUCACUGCAGCCCAAGAGCGUAUGUGCUCAUCCAUGCCUAUGUCUAAAAAUCCACAUGUUGAAUCCACCAGUACACCCCUCAUGGCUCUUCAGGCUAUGACAACACAUCCUACCAGCAGCCUGACUCUGAGAGAUGCCAGCAAAGUAAUAUGUGAGACGGGGAAAAUUGGCAUCUCCAUUAAGAAAGACUUCCUGAGAAUGAUGUCUAUCUCCAGCCAUUCUCUGUUUCUUGGAAGCCCGGAGUGUUCUGUGAACUGCAGCACAGACACCCACAUCCUCUUGCUAGCUGGCUGGAAAGACUGCAACACGGAAUUAUUCAGGAAUAAUACUCACACUGUGGUGAACUCAACCCUGUACAUCGGCUUAGCCACAACAUCACAAAACGUCACACCAGGGGCGGUCAUUUUAAUUCGCUGUGUCUUCCAGAAUGACAUCCUGUUGUCCAGCGGAUACAAUCCUGCUGGAGGGAUUUACACCAUCAUCGAAAACCUAGAAGGCCAAGGAUCCUUCCGUCCGGAAUUCCAACUGUUUCUUGGUGAUCAGCCCAUCAUGCCAAACUUCACACUAUCCGCCACAGAUGACGUAACGGUUCGAAUAGGGAUCAAGACAGAAGACAGCCAGCUCAAAGUUGUCAUCAGUGAAUGCUGGGCAACGACAACGGAAAAUGCCUACGAUCCCAUGUCUUUCCCCUUCAUCAAAAGCAGCUGUGCCUUGCCAAACACCUUCACCACCAUCCAGACCAAUGGCAUCUCCAGCAACGCUACCUUCCAAACAAAGAUCUUCUCCUUUGUCAACAAACCCAUCGUGUACCUGCACUGCCGACUGUACGUGUGCCAGGAGGACACGCCUAAUGCCUGCAGACCGUCAUGUAGCAGUUACCGAGCUUCUGCCAGGAGCGGUGACAUCCUCAAAGAAGUCACUCAGAUGGGACCCCUGCGGAUGGCCAGCCGAUCCCAUGACUCGGAUGGAGCAACUAAUGCCACACUCAGCCCAGGUUACAUCAUCCUUAUUGCCAUCGGUGCCCUUGCUGUGAUUUCCAUUGCCAUCGCCAUCUUGGUCUGCUGGCAUCAACGGAGGACCGGGAACUACAACUUCAAAAUGAAUAUCCGGGACGUCGGCUACCAAGUGUUUUCCAACUAGAGGCUACGGGACAGAAGCCUUUUA